UUUUUCUUUCGAGUUGAAAGCUUGACGCCUCCCUCGAGUCUGAUAUAAAAGGACCCACUCUGGAACGGGAAUCACUCAUUCCAACGAUCUCGGCAGAAGACACCAACCUCCGCUAAAAUGAAGACUUUCGCCGCCACUCUCUGCGCCCUCCUAGUCGGCAGCGUUUACGCUGAGGAAGCCGCCAAGACGGAAAAGGUCGAGGCGCGUGGUGGCUUUCUGGGCGCAGGUCUCGGAGUCGGCGGCUACGGCGCCGGUGUGGGACCCGUUGUCGGAGGUGUUGGUCUCGGACACGGUGGUCUCGGAGGAUACGGCGGAGGCUUCCAGUCUGGCUAUGGCUCUCAGGCCGGUGGCCACCAGGCUGGAUUCCAGAGUGGCGCUGCCGGACACAACCAGGGGUCUGCGGGUUUCGCCGGCGGUGCUGCCAACAGGAACGUGAACGCCUACAACCACAACCGGGGCUACAGCCACAGCUCGGGAUUCUCGGCCUCUGACAGCAAGAACUUCGGUGCCGGACACAAGCAGGGAUCGUCCGGAUUCCAGGGAGGUGCUGCCGGACACCAGGGAGGCUACGGACAAUCGUCGUUCGGACACCAGGCCGGUGGCGGCUACGGCGGUGGAUACCUCGGCUAAGGAGUCUCUGCUUUAUCACCAGAUGAACAUCUAUGCUCUGCCUCGCUGCAAGGGCACAUGUGUAGGGAAUAAACUGUGGUAUUCCUUAUUUAGGCACAAAUGUCUUUCCUUUGUUUCUGACGGUUUAUACG